UCAAACUCCUGCAGGGCGAGUGUCCCCAGCACAGCGCCCUGUUCACACAGGUCACAGCACGGUACUCAGCUGACCUCCACGGAGAUGGUGCAGACAGCCGCCUGCUUCUCCUGCAGGAAGAGCCUCGCCUCUGUGACCCGGGCCACAAUGACCCUCAGUCUCCUCUUCGUCUCCUUCUACUCUGUUUGCUUAGCAGAAGCAAACAGCAGCAACUCCUCAGCCGUGACCGACCCUCAGCCAGACCCCGGGACCCUGGAGCAGUGCCCCACUGUUGACUUCUGCCCGCUUGCUGCCCAGUGUUGCCAUGCGGGUAUGGAUGAGUACGGCUGGAUCGCGGCUGCCGUGGGCUGGAGCCUCUUGUUCCUCACCCUCAUCCUGCUCUGCGUGGGCAAGCUGAUGACACUCAAGCCCGACGAUCCCAAGGGCCUGCCGUCCUAGCUCUGAGCCGACUCUAGGAAGGUCCAGGCCACCAAGCUAAGGACAGUGGGGUGGAUCAUUGUGCUAGUGUGCUUUCUGCUAUUUUAAAGUUGUGCAACUUUCAGCUUCAGUUAGUUCUACAAAGGAAGAAGUUUUUUUUUUUUUAAUAAGGAAAGGCCGGUGUUGCCUUUGGAAUGCUGAGCUCCUCCAGGCCCCAAGAGGGCGCUCAAAAAAUACACGGCUUCUCACCAAAAACAGGCUCUUUGUGUUGGUCAAGGGCAUCACUGUGGUUUCCGAACAUGAAAAUCAACUUCAACCCUCCACCUUCCUCACCACCAAAUCCAGUCAACACCCAGCUCUUGUUCUUUCCUCAAGCCAUCUCCCACGGUUGUCUUGUCUCCCCGUUCUCACCAGCAGCACCCCUUCACUACACCUUCUGUAAUUGUUUCUGGAAUAGUUCAUUAGUCCUUGCUGCCUUUGGGGUCUUCCUCCGCAGCCUGCCCCUCCCAUGGCAUCUGUUACUCCUGCCUAGCUCCUUCAGUGAAACAAUGAAGCUCCUCCCUGGUGUGUAGUCCUCUGUACGAGGUCAACCUCUUUCCAGGCGGACCUCCCAGCGUGUCCUGGAGUGGAGGCUCUGACUGGUUGCCCUGACCCCUCCUCAUCCUGGCCUCCUCAGCCUUCCUGCUGCCA